GGCCCUGACGAGCUGACGAGGAAAGAAAUUCGUAGUUCUGUCACCAAUAUGUUUAUACAUAUUUGCUUCUUUUCGCUGUUUUUAUCAGUUAACUGUCGGAUACACAAUCUGGUUCUCGAGAAUGAUGGAAGAGACCAGAUCACGUUGAGUACAUUUGGAUUCUUGCGUCAUGGGACGCUGAAGGUCAAUGUGAGCCUGUUCUCGUACAAUGUCUUACGACCGAGACAAACUGGGGAGGAAUCCCAGCUGAAGACCAACGGGAAGUUUGCUUUCACUCUGAGUAAGACUGACAACACAGGUGCCAAUGAAUACCUUACAAAACUACAGAGAAGCUGUGUCCUCGAUCCGAACAAUCUGUUUGACACUGAAGAUGUGAAGAAAAAUACCAUCAAUGUUGUCUUAAUCACUCUACACUUGGACAGCAGACCACCAGUACUUCGGAUUAACCGUGUGGGUGAAGAUCUGAAGAAGCUAGAGUUGUUCCCCUUGGAGGAUUCUGAAACUCAGGUGCAGAAAAGAUCUCUUCCUGAAUUUGAAAGUCACAGGAAAAGGAGGGACGCUGUCACGUCCAAUUCAGCGGAGAUAAAUUCCACUUCUGACACCAAACACAAUGGUACCAAUUCCCCUGAUACUGAACACCCUACAGGGGUAAGUGGGGGAAACUUAAAAGCAAAUGGUAAGGAUGAAGGAGGUGAGGAACGGAGACAUGGAGCCGGAGAGAGAGGUAGUUUCAAGCCACCUGCAUCUGUGCAUCUUAUGUCCCAACUUCCAGUUCAAAUACUGGAGAAACUUGAAGGAAACCAGUCUAGUUUUACGUUUCAGUUUCAGAUGUCCGUGAACAAUGAAAGUGAAGAAGGAUUGUACAAUCUGUACUUUCACAACUGUCUGGGGGCUGCAGACAGCCCAAUAGAUUCCUUUGACAGUGAAGUCUCACUGACUAUACAAAUCAUCGAGAAAAACAAAGGGAAUUACCUGUCAGCAGGAGAAAUGCCGCUGCCUAGCCUGUACUUUGUGCUGUGCUGUGUUUUCUUUGGGAUGGGAGGACUCUGGUUGGCCGUCCUCAGAAAGGCCAGAGAUGAUGUUUACAAGAUUCACUUCCUCAUGUUGACGGUGGUGUACCUGAAGUGCUUGUCGUUGUUGUUUCAUGCUAUUCAUUAUCACUUCAUUGAGGAGAACGGGACACAAGAGGAAGCCUGGGCAGUGCUUUACUAUAUAGCUUAUCUGAUGAAGGUGACACUGUUGUUCCUCACUAUCCUGUUGAUUGGAGCUGGAUGGGCCUUUGUCAAACAUCUGCUGUCUGAGAAGGAGAAGAAACUCUUCAUCAUCUUCAUCCCUCUACAGAUCCUGGCCAACGUGGCAUUCAUUAUCGUAGAAGAAAGCGAAGAAGGAACGUCGGUGUACACCACAUGGAAGGAGAUCUUCAUCCUGGUGGACCUGCUGUGUUGUGGGGCCAUCCUGUUUCCUGUUGUGUGGUCCAUUCGUCACCUUCAGGAGGCCUCUCACACUGAUGGGAAGGCGGCCAUUAACUUGAGUAAACUCAAGCUGUUCAGACAUUUCUACAUGCUGGUUGUCUGUUACAUCUACUUCACUAGGAUCAUUGUCUACCUGCUGCAGAUAACUGUGCCCUUCAAGUACAGCUGGUUUGAUGAGCUGUUUAAACAAGUUGCCGUGGUGAUCUUCUUUGUUGUCACGGGGAUGAAAUUUCGUCCUGCCUCUGAUAAUCCAUAUCUUCAAGUUCCCACAGAGAGCGAUGAUGAAAUUGAAAUGGAAGAAGUAUUAACAAAAUCUGGAGCACUGCAGAAUGUGACCAAAGUGAACAGGGGAGACAGUUCUGAGAGGGAUACAAGUACAACGAGCAAACGAGAAAGUAGUCAUGAAUAUGACUGAUGUAAACAUAGCUAAAAGUGGAGGUCUAAAAAUACUGGUAGUCAGUCGAAUAUGGCAUACUAUCCUGUAUAGAGUGCGGAAAGUGGUAUUUGCAGGAUAAGGAAUAGGGUGUGUUUGAAAGAACAACAUAAAAUUUUGCAUAUCAUCUGUAAAUUUCAGUUUUAGUGUGCACAUUGCUUACAUCUUCUGAAACUUUUGAUGAGUGUUUGAGAAUGGUGGGGAUGCUUUUUUCUGGAAGCUUCUUGAGUGGUCUUUGGUGAAAUGGUGUCAGUCUUUGUGUACAUGUAUAUGUGUGUAUGCACAGUUUCCUGUUUGACAACAAGGCAUAUCUAUAUUCAAUCUUUCUACCAGGCAAAUUGCCACUGCCGAAAAAAUUAAGUUGUUUGUUUUUAAUGGCCACAUGUAGAUGUAGGACGUACAGGGUGUUUGUUCACUCGCAGCCACAGGUAUUGGAAUCAUUGAAGUUCCCAGGCCUCUGCUAUAACUAUUUAAGGCUCAGUGGCAGGAAACAGUGGUUGGAUCUUGAUGUUGAAAUGUUCAGUGGCUGCCCAGGUAGUGUUACAUGAAGUUUCUCAGAUCAUUUGCCUUCCACUACAUCAUGUUCAUCUGUGUGUCACACCUGGGAAAAUUUUUCAGUUACAUAGACAGGUAUUUUGGAACCAAGCUGGGUCUUUUCUUGCAGUACCUACUGGUUACAGCUCAGCUCUGCUCAGUUGCAGCAGAUAACCAACCCUUUUUUGUAGUAAUAAACUGUCAGGUACCCAUUGGUGAUUGAACACUUCCAUGUCGCAUGAUACCAACCGGUUCCAGUUGGUAACAGCAUUUAUUGAAUUUAUUUAUUUAUUUGAUUGGUGUUUUACACGUAAAUAAAGAAUAUUUUACUUAUACGACGGCGGCCAGCAUUAUGCAUGUAUUAAAACUUGUAGGUUAAAUCCAAUGUGUUGUAGUGUGACAAACUUAUUAGUACUUUGCUUCCUCUCCUGCCGUAUGUGGGAAGGUCUGCCAGCAACCUGUGGAUGGUUGUGGGUUUCCCCCGGGGUCUGCCCGAUUUCCUCCCACCAUUAUGCUGGCUGCCGUUGUAUAAGUAAAAUAUUUUUGAGUACGGCAUAAAACACCAAUCAAAUUAAUAAAUAAAUAAAUAUUGGCACUUUGGGGGUAGGGUGGGGAGGUGUGGUGGAUGAGGGGUGUACCAAUCCCUCUGAUAACCAACCUGUUACCAAUUUGUAUGGGUUGGUCAUAGUUUGCGGGUAUACCUGCCUGUGGAUUACUCUUAGUACUUGUUUCCUCUACCAUCAAAACCAACUGCUCUUCUAUAAGUUAAAUAUUCUUGACCAGGUCGUUCAACCCCAAUCAAAUAAAUGAAUAUUUUCCUUCAGUUGGAGCAGACAGUAAUAUCUGGGAAGAUCUGAGUGGUGAAUGUGUUGUUUGCUAUGCAGAGUGAUAGGUGGAAUUUUAUGAUUUUCCAAAGUAUGUAAGUCCCGAAAGUCUCAUCUAAACUUACAUCUCAUACAUGUACAUUUUCACAUGUAAAGUAGUGAAAUAUUCUUCAACUCAAUCAAAUAAAUAGAUUGUGUAUGCAAUAUGUGAGAGAUCUUCGUGAUAUGAUUGAAAAGCUAUUAAGAGAUUUGUGGGAUUUGGCGAUGUUUUCCGUGUUGAAUUGGACAAAGAAAUGCAUGUACAGUGUACUAUAGUCAUUCUUGUGUGUUGAUGUAUUUAUAAUUUCUGGUUUGUGUAUAUAAUGACAAAUGUCAGUGUUUCUCUUACAAUGUGUAUACGUGUAUAUACAGGUUUUAUGUACAGGACUAUCGGGUUCUUUUGGUGUUUUGUCAAAGAGCUGUUACCUGUAAUACUUGAAUUUAUUUAGAAAUGUGUGCAAGUGCAAGAGUGAUCUGAUUGAACUGCUUAUAUAUAUAUAUAUAUAUAUA